UCGGAGCAGAUCGGCGGAGCAAGGCAGCGUUAGUCGCAGCAGAAACGGGUGACGAGCAGCAACAAUCGUUUUGGAGAGCGCGCCAGGGACUUCCGAUACGACCCAAUACUACCGAUCCGACCCGAUUCGCCAGGGAAGAGAUCCAGCGGAAGAUCAAGAGAGACGCGCGCACGGAUCAGUGGAUGCGGAUUAAUCGAAUCGCGGGGCGAUCAAUCGAUCUCACGGGAGGUCUGACUGCCAGAAAGGAAAAUUAAAUAAGCGCAACAGCAAACCCAUUCAAGUGCCAUAAAGAAUGUGUGUAGUUCCCGGUCUCCAAUAAGGUGUGAUAAGUGCGUGAUAAUUUUCGGGGCAACUAGCCGAGCGAUCGUUUUGGCCCGAAAAUGUGCUAAUCAGAUCUCAGUUUUGGUUCACGGCACCGCAGCUCCGUCAUAGUCCCGCACAACUGGCGCCAAUUUGUAUACAAAUUUCAUGCCUUAAUUGAAACUCACAUUAUAGCCAAGUGCGAAAAGUUAACGACUAAGCAAAGCCCCGAACCAUCCAACCACACUACCACCUCAUCAACGCGCCCUGCACAAGCGUAAAGUCAACCGGAGAAAGUUCCACAGGGAAGCUAUACCAGAGUGCCAGCCGAGUUGUGACAAUUGCAAUUGUGGAGUUCUUCAAUCAACUGACAACGGCCGAAAUGGACCCAGAGUCGCAGUGUCCGCAGUACGGCGAAGUGAAUCAGCUGGGAGGCGUCUUCGUCAACGGAAGACCGCUUCCAAAUGCCACGCGCAUGCGGAUCGUGGAGCUGGCCCGCCUGGGCAUCCGUCCCUGUGACAUAUCCCGACAGCUGCGGGUAAGCCACGGAUGUGUAUCGAAGAUCCUGGCAAGAUACCAUGAGACGGGCUCCAUACUACCGGGAGCCAUUGGCGGAUCAAAGCCAAGGGUGACCACUCCGAAAGUGGUGAACUACAUUCGAGAGUUAAAGCAGCGAGACCCGGGAAUCUUUGCCUGGGAAAUCCGAGAUAGACUGCUCAGCGAGGGAAUUUGCGACAAAACGAAUGUUCCCAGUGUUAGUUCGAUUUCGCGCAUCCUGCGGAACAAGCUCGGCAGUUUGGGGCACCAGCACACACCAGGAUCCGUAAUGGGAAGCGGAAGCAGCACUGGCGGAGCCGGUGGCGGCACCAGCAAUGCCACCAGUAAUGGAGUCCAAAGUAAUGGUGUCAACAACGGCGUUAACCUAGGCGGCGCUGGGGGCGGAUCACACCAUCCUCACCACCACCACCAUCACCAGACGGCUGCGGCAGCGGCGGCAAGUGCCCAUCACGCCCACGCUCAUGCCCAUGCCCACGCCCAUUUAUACAACUCCAUUUACCAGCCGUACAGUGCGGCGGCGGCCUACAGCAUGAAGGCCGUGUCCUGUGGCAGCCCCUCUCCGCCGCAGGCGACUGGCGCCCAGGCCAGCGGACCACAUCCUCACCAGCUGCGUAGUGUGGCCGCCGCUGCUGCCGCCGCUCACUGGCCAUCGUCUCACUCGGUGAGCGACAUCCUGGCCCAUCACCAGGCAGUAGCCCUCCGGGCCAGCUGCCAAGUCGGUGUCGGAGUGGGCGGAAUGGGUGGCAUGGGAAGCACGGUGUCCCCCCUGCCGAUGACCCCAUCGCCGGUGGCCGGAACGGCGGGCGGGCAACCUUUACUUGACUGCGAGGGUGGAGCCGGACAGCAGUCGCCGUACAACUACUACAUGUACUUUCAGAAUGGCGGCAUGCACCACCACCACGGCGGCAUGAUGGCCGCCGGAGCCACGGGAUUAUGAGGAUGGGAAGGCGAUGGAAUCGGCACCAUCAGUGGAUAGUCAUCGGGACGGUUGUGGGUUUAGCUUCUACAGAUUGCUGGGUUGUUGAGUUUAGGUUCUAAUUUUAUUCCUAAUAACUAAAAAGAAAGAUGGUUUAUAUCAAAAGCACUGGCCGAGUUUGUCACAAAAAUUCCUUAGGAGUUCACAUAAAAAAAAAACAAUUUUUAAAGCCCCCAUUUGGAGAACUAUUAACUUUAGCAAAUUCAUAAUUUUUGUAUGUCAUUCAGAAAGCUUUUGCUAUUAAUAUUCAUUUAGUAAUCUCAUAAAAAAUGAAUAUUAUGAUAAAUUUAUCAUUUUUUAAGCUUCAGAAUUUAAAGCUUAUAUUCCUAAAACAGUUUUACUGAAAUAGUUAGUUUUUUGGUGCUUAAGAAAACUCUGUUUGUUUUUUAACGAGUGCAAUUAAGUGUUUUAAGUGUUCUUGUCAGAAUGGAAAGGGCUUUAAGAGUAUUACAACAUCCUAAAGAUUUUGGUGAGAUAGGUAAGUGCUAUAUAUAUACCAUCAGAUGGGAGUUAUGGAAUCCCAGGCCUUAGACCUGGUACUUCCCAAUUUCUAUACGAAUUUUAUGUAAUCCAGGAGAUUUAUCUUUUCGUGUUUUUUUUUGUGUUUGGGAGUUCAAACGAUUAAGUAAAAUAAAAAGAAAAACUUUAUUAUAAAAUGGAAAGUAUUGAGUGGUACGUCGUAUAGGCACAUAAUUGUUGUAUAGGUUCUCGUUCUCAUAACUACUAUUUGUACAAUAUGCUCAUUAAGUAAACUAGUUGACUAAUUUAUGCUACGAUUACAUCAAUUAAAAUUAAUGCAAAUGUAAUUACCGAAUAAAAUUGUAUUUUUAGACAAUUUCUGUUAUUAUUUUGGGGACGGACUACUGAUGUGUAAGUCAUAAAAGGGCUUAUAUAAUUAACAACAGUAACAGCAAUGCAG